AACACGGCCCUGGUGCAGCUGCUGCCCCUGGGGGCGGUGAGCCUGACGCUGGGCAGCACCCUGCUGCCCAUCGGCCUGGGGGUGCUCAUCCGAUACCGGCACCCCCGCGCCGCCGACCUCCUGGUUAAGAUUUCCCUGUGGUCCCUCUUGGUGACUCUGGUGAUCCUGUUCAUCCUAACUGGCACCAUGCUGGGCCCAGAUCUGAUGGCACAUAUUCCUGCGUCUGUCUACACCAUUGCGGUGCUGAUGCCCCUAGCGGGGUAUGCCUUGGGAUAUGGCUUAGCCACGGUCUUUAAAAUGCCCCCACACUGCAGGAGAACAGUGUCUUUGGAAACAGGGUGCCAAAAUGUCCAGCUCUGCACUGCCAUCCUAAAACUCACCUUUCCCCCGGAGCUCAUAGGGAGCAUGUACAUGUUUCCCUUGCUUUACGCGCUUUUUCAGUCGGCAGAAGCAGGACUCUUUGUGCUGGUAUACAAGAUGUAUGGGAGAGACAGCUACAAACAAGAUACACUCGGUGAAGAGGAAGACACAGAUAUUUCCUACAAGAAACUGAAGGAAGAGGAGGUGGCCGAAACUUCAUAUGGCACAGUGACCACAGAGGAGCACAACUCCGUUCAGAUGGAGCCGACGCAGACGGCGCUUUAGGCGAGAUAAGGAGGCAACACCCGGGGACGUGUGAUGUGUGUUGUGCUUGCAACCAAGCUGGGGCCGCGCUCGCCGCUGCGCAAGCGGAGCUGCCCAGCCUCCAUUGUUUCUCCAGCCGCUCCCAUUGUACAAGGUGAUGUGUGUUUAUUACCGUGACAGUUGUAUUUCCUCAAAAAUACUUGUGAAAAAAAAUUUAAAAGCAAAGGAAAAAGUAUCACUGUAACGCAAAUAACCGUACGUCUUCAGGCAAGGAGGCUCCUGCCCACCUGAGUGCAGCAGGAAUGGGUACGAAGAAGGAGACCAGCGUUUUGCAGAGGCGAAGCUGACGCGGCGCUGUGCCAGUGCAGACGAACGGGCAAACCACCUUGCGCGUGUGUAUCUCCGUGCCUCCCACCCGCUGUAAAAGCAUUGUGCUCGUUGUUCUCACCACAAAUACAUGGCAAAGCUGAACCAAA